AUGUCGACUGCCAUUUUUACUUCUAAAUCAACCUCCCCUUCGGUUCCUUCGUCGUCACCACCAAAACAGUUCAAAGAUUCCGAGAAAAAAGAACAGGGGGAAACUGUAAAUCCAAGUUCAAACCCGAAUUCCAACUCCAAAAAAGGCACAAACCCAAAUUUCCAAGGGAAAAAACCUCGAACUAAUAGACCAGGUCAACUUCACCGAAAAACGUCGUCUGCAUCAACACAAACCGUCGCGAAAGUAUUAACCCCAAAAUCGCCAUAUUUCUUGUAUUCUUAUUUGGAUCCGUCAGCGAGUUCGCAAUGUGACGAGUCAGAAGUACAAACUGGCACGGAUCCACAGACCACUAACUAUUGCAA